CAUGGUGUUUUCAGCCACCUCAUGUGCAUGCGAAAGAUGGACAAUGAAUAAGGAAGACCGAAUUAGAAUUGAUGCUUUUGAAUUAUGAUGUUGGUGAAGAUUAUUGACUGUACCAUAGACGGCCAGAAGAGCAAACAAAUCUGUCUUGGAAGAAGUACAGCCAGAAUGCACCUUAGAAGCUAGGAUGGUGAGACUUUGUCUCACGUGCUUUGGACAUGCUAUCAGGAGGGACCAGUCCCUGGAGAGGGGCAUCAUGCUUGGUAGAGUACAGGGUCAGUGAAAAAGAGGAGGACCCUCAAUGAGAUGGAUUGGCACAGUGGCUACAGUAGACUCAAGCAUAGCAACAAUUGUGAGGAUGGCGCAGGACUGUGCAGUGUUGUGUUCUGUUGUAUGUAGGGUCGCUAUGAGUUGGAUGGCACCGAACAACAGCAGUGCUUAGUAGCCUGGAUAUGGAGAAAAAAACACACACAGAUAAUCUAAAUCACAAAGGAUAGGAGAUUUUGCAACAAGUACAAUAGAAAUGAUGAGGCAUAGGAGUUUAAGAUUUUGGCAAGAGAGUGCUGGAAAUGGUCAAUCACUGAAUUUAAGGCAAAUAGGCGUUGGCUGAUUAACAGGGGGAGCCCUGGUGGUGCAGUGGUUAAGCCCUCAGCUGCUAACCAAAAGGUGGGCAAUUUGAAUCCACCAGCCGCUCCUCAGAAACCCUACGGGACAGUUCUACUCUAUCCUCUGGGGUCGCUAUGAGUAGGAAUUGACUUGACGGCAACGGAUUUGGUUUGGGUUUUGAUGGACAGGGAGAAUGUAUGUGGGCGGUGGAUUAGACACCCUGAAGCAAAAAAGACAAAGAAAAAAAAAGGUAUUAUGAGAGUCCAGCAGGCCAUGAGAGGAGGUAAGCUGUGGUCCUAGAGAGAUGUCCAACUUAGUGGUUUUGGAGAUGGGAAGUUUGUGCACACCGUGCCUGAGCCUGGGUGCCUGUACUUCAUUAUUACGUUAGGAAUUCAAGAAUUCCUGAGACUGGGGUUGGGAUAGUCUGUCCGCACAGAUACUUAAGUCAUGUUUGGUGAUGGGGGAACCCUGGUGGUGAGUAAUUAAAGCAAUCUGCUUCUGAAAAGAUUACAGCUUUGGAGACCCUAUGGGGCAGUUCUACUCUGUCAUAUAGGGUCACUAUGAGCCAGCAUAGGCUUGAUGACAACGGGUUUGGCUUGGGGUUUUUUUUUUUUUGUUGAGAGUGGUUUGGAAGACCCUGAGCCAGGUCACUCUUUAUAAGGGCUGCCUGGUAAAGCUACUUCCACAGUUUACCUAACCAGCUCCUGCUGGUGGGCCGUACAUUUGUUUCCUGUUUUUCAAAAUUAGAAACGAAGUGUGAAUACAUCUUUUCACAUAGGUACAGUGACCUCCUUGGGGUAGAGUCCCACAAGUAGAAUUGCUGCAGGAAGGAGUAUGAACAUCUUAAGUUUGGGUACAUCUCAUCUCAUUCCACAACUCAGCCAUAUCCCUGCGGGGUGGCUGUUCUCCGUUCCUACAGAAGAAGCAGAGAGCACACGUUUCUCCCAGCCUUGUCAGUGCCUGAGUUAGAUCAGUUUUAUAAAAGCUUUGCCAACCCGAUAGGCAAAAAUCAUUUCAUUGUUGUUUUAACUUGCCUCUUUGACUAUUAAUGAAGUUGAAUAUUUUCUCAUGUUUAUUGACCAUUUUCGUUUUCGAUGGCCUAUUUGUAAUCUUUUUUUUCUCUUGGAGUUCUUAUUUUUCUUGAUUUGUAUGCACUAUUUUAAUAUUGGAGCCCUGGUGGCACAGUGGUUAAGAGCUCAGCUGCUAACCAAAAGGCCUAGCAGUUGGAAUCCACCAGCCACUGCUUGGAAACCCUAUGGAGCAGUUCUGCUCUGUCCUGUAGGGUCGCUGAGUCCGAAUCUUGGGUUUUUUAUUUAGUGUUACGGAUGUUAACCCUUUGCCUUCUGUAGUGCAACAGAUAUUUUCCUCAACCUGUCCUUUGUCUUUUAACCUGACACAUGGUGGGGUUUGUAGGGUUUUUUGUUUGCUUAUUUUUGUUUUUGCCCCAUGGAAGUUUUCAAUUGUUUGUACAAAACAUUAUCCAUAUAUCAUUUUUCCUAUCUUCUAUUACUUCUGUUUAAAAUUUUUUACAUUUAAAAAAGAGAAAAGGAACAAUGGCAGUUAUUAUAGUGAGAAGCGAUUACCACGUGGAGAGGGAAGGGCACUCCAGGCCACGGGGGUCCUGAGAGGCCAUGAGUGUCUGUGGGAACACAUGUAUGUGGCACAUGUAGGGUGAGGGAGCUUCUUGUGGAGAUGUGAGCUGGAAAGAGUCUGUGGCUGGGCCAUGUCACUGCCUACGUCCGCCUCUUCUGCCCCGAGGGUCUCCUAGAGCUGAAGUCCAGAACCCACAGUGGGUGUGGGCUGGCUCUGAGAGCCAGGCUGCCCUUUCUUGCUUGGCGAGCAGCUGAGAGGGCUGGAGGCGUAGGCUGGGGACAGGCAGUACCCUGAGGAGCUGGCCAUGCAAACAGAGGGGCCAUGGGGAAGCCCUGGCACAGCCAGAGCUGGCAGCCCAGGGAGACAGCCCUACCCAGAGCAAGAGUAGGGAGGCAGGGUGCCCCUGGCCGGCCAGAGGACCCUUCCAGCCCAAACAUCAGGAACCCUGAUCCUUGCUCCUUCCUCAGGUCUUCACAGGGAUCUUCACAGCAGAGAUGACCUUCAAGAUUAUUGCCCUGGACCCCUACUACUACUUCCAGGAGGGCUGGAACAUCUUUGACAGCGUCAUCGUCAUCCUUAGCCUCAUGGAACUAGGCCUGUCACGCAUGGGCAACCUGUCGGUGCUGCGCUCCUUCCGCCUGCUUCGGGUCUUCAAGCUGGCCAAGUCAUGGCCCACCCUGAACACACUCAUCAAGAUCAUCGGGAACUCAGUGGGAGCACUGGGGAACCUGACACUGGUGCUGGCCAUCAUUGUGUUCAUCUUUGCCGUGGUGGGCAUGCAGCUCUUCGGCAAGAACUACUCAGAGCUGAGGUUCCGCAUCAGUGACUCAGGCCUGCUGCCCCGCUGGCACAUGAUGGACUUCUUCCACGCUUUUCUCAUCAUCUUCCGCAUCCUCUGUGGCGAGUGGAUCGAGACCAUGUGGGACUGCAUGGAGGUGUCUGGACAGUCACUGUGCCUGCUGGUCUUCUUGCUUGUGAUGGUCAUUGGCAACCUAGUGGUGAGUCGGCCAAGGCCUCCCACACACUCACCCACCCAUCCAGUCAUCCAUCUAUCCAUUCACAUACCCACCCUCCCAUCUCUCCACUCACUCGCCCAGCCAUUUGUCUGUCAAACCAUUCAUCUGCCCGUCAGUCUGUCAUCCAUUCAUGUAUCUACCCAUCCAUCCAUCCAUGCAUCUACUAAUUUACUCAUCCUUACAUCUGUCUACUCACUCACCCUUUCCUCCAUCCAUCUAUGAACCCAAUCAACCAUCAUUUAUCCACUUACCAUCACCCCAUGUAUUCACUCACCCAUUGACUCACCCAUACAUUUACCCAUUCAACCGUCAAUCACCCUCCCACCAGCCUACCCAUCCAUCGCGCCACCUUUCCAUCUAUCUGUCUGUCCAGACACCCAUCCUCCCAUCCAUCUGUCCACUUAUUCACCCAACACCCAGCCAUCAACCUUCAUCUACUCUUUCACUCACCUAUCCGCCUACUUAUCACCCAUCCACUCAUUCACUCACCAAGCAAUCUGUCCAUCUGUCCAUCAACUUCCCAUCCAUUUUUCAACCCCUCUUUACACACACACACCUAUUAACUCAUCAGUUUACCCACUGUCUAUCCACCUAUCCAGUCACUUACCCAUUCAUCCACCUAUCUACUCAUUCAUCUACCCCACCAUCCAUCAACCCACCGCUCCAUCCACUCAUCCUAUUCAUCUACUCACUGUCCACCCAGCUGUCUAUUCACUCACUCAUUGACUCAUCCACCAUCCAUCCACUCAUCCUGUUCAUCUAUAUAUCUGUCCACCCAGCUGUCUACUCACUCACUCACUGACUCAUCCACUAUCCGUCCACUCAUCCUAUUCAUCUACACAUCUGUUCACCUAGCUGUCUACUCACUCACUCGCUGACUCAUCCACCAUCCAUCCACUCAUCCUAUUCAUUCACUCAUCUGUCCACUCAACUGUCUACUCACUCACUCACUGACUCAUCCAACCAUCCAUCCACUCAUCCUAUUCAUUCACUCAUCUGUCCACUCAACUGUCUACUCACUCACUCACUGACUCAUCCAACCAUCCAUCCACUCAUCCUAUUCAUUCACUCAUCUGUCCACCCAGCUGUAUACUCACUCACUCACUGACUCAUCCACCAUCCAUCCACUCAUGCUAUUCAUCUACUCACUGUCCACCCAGCUGUCUAUUCACUCACUCACUGACUCAUCCACCAUCCUUCCACUCAUCCUAUUCAUUCACUCAUCUGUCCACUCAGCUGUCUAUUCACUCACUCACUGACUCAUCCACCAUCCAUCCACUCAUCCUGUUCAUCUACUCACUGUCCAUCCAGCUGUCUACUCACUCACUCACUGACUCAUCCACCAUCUAUCCACUCAUGCUAUUCAUCUACUCACUGUCCACCCAGCUGUCUAUUCACUCACUCAUUGACUCAUCCAGCAUCCAUCCACUCAUCCUAUUCAUUCACUCAUCUGUCCACUCAGCUGUCUACUCACUCACUCACUGACUCAUCCACCAUCCAUCCACUCAUCCUGUUCAUCUACUCAUCUGUCCACCCACUUGUCUAUUCACUCAUUCAUUUACUCAUCCAUCCAUUCACUCAGUCUUCACUGCAUUUUACUCAUUCAUUCAUUCACCCAUUAUUUACCUUUUUAUUCAUUAUUUACUCAUUUCUUAUUUAUUUAUUCACUCAUCCAGUCAUUAUUUUAUUCAAUCAUUCACCAUCAAUGAACUGUCACUUUUUUUUUUUAAUUCAGCUUAACAAACAUUUGCUGAGCCCCUGUUGCAUGCAAAAUACUGUACCCAACGCUGUUGGG